UUGGCGCGUGGUCGUUCCAGCGAAAUGUCCGCCUCGUUAGCUCGUCAGUUUUUCCAUGUCGAAUGUGAAGCUGGAAUUAAUAAACAGAUCAACAUGGAGCUGCAUGCUAGCUAUGUUUACAUGGCGAUGGCUCACCACUUUUCCAGAGAUGAUGUUGCGUUGCCAGGAUUUCACAAAUUCUUCAUGAAACAGUCUGACGAAGAGCGAGAACAUGCUCAAAAGUUGAUGAAAUACCAAAACAUGAGAGGUGGACGCAUCGUCCUUCAAAAUAUUGCCCCACCGGAGACCACGUCGUGGACCAGCGGCUUGGAAGCUAUGGAGGCGGCGCUCGAGCUCGAGAAAAGUGUAAACAAAAGCCUCUUAGAACUACACGCAGUCUCUGGGACGCAUGGUGAUCCCCAGUUCGCGGACUUUCUUGAGGGUGAGUCCGACUAUUUGGAACUGGAGAGCACUCGUGCUCUGUGAGUGAAUUCCUGAAAGAACAAGUGGAAUCGAUCAAGCAAAUAUCCGAUUAUGUUACGAACCUUCGCCGCUGUGGACCGGGUCUUGGAGAGUACUUGUUCGAUAAGGAGACGCUGCAUGGCGAAGAAGAUUAGAUUUUUCCCCUUCCACUGACCAAGUGUUUUCAACCAAUCGGGGAAUCCUCUUCCCCUUUGCACAAUACUUCGAUGGCUACCUGCUCACUAGUUUGUCACUUUCAUAUUGUCCGUAUUUGUCUGUAUUUUGCUUUGCAUAUUUGUAAGCGGUUCGUCGAAUAAUGGCAAUGUCUUUAGAGCUAACAUGAUAUGGCUCGUAUUCUACCGAAUCUCAGUGCUUAUUCUUCAGUUUACUAGUCCUUCAGUAACCAGGGUGGUGGAGUCAUCUGGCUUCGCGUCAAGAUGACCCUUCAUUAGAGGAUUGGUCUGAUUGCACAUUUGAUUCUAGACUAUCCAGUCGGACAGUCUCCACUGGAUGUCACCGUGUUUGUAUUGCCUCGUUCGCCUCGGUCAUUGUGCACCUUUGACAUACACCUUAGUAACAUCAGACGAUCACCAUGCGCCACCGUACAUCAGGCGCCGUCUACCUUUUUACGGACAUUUGCAAUUGAUGCCAUUGCCUUGCAAGAACCAACCAUAAGGAACGCAGAAGCCUGUCAUUGCCGACGAUGAUCUAUACAUUCUAACGAGACUGAACGCUUUUCUCAUCCUUGUCUCAUCAUUUCUGCUUGCAGUUACUUCGCCAGGGACAUGCCAUUUCUUGGGAACUAUGGAUCCAUUUUCA